AUGUAUAUUAAAGAAAUUGCUGUAUUUCUUGUUGUCUUUUUGGCAGCAAAGUAUUUCUGGCGUAAACGGAGAUUCUUCUAUUUGGCAUCGAAAAUUCCGAGAAGUAAUUUUGACUUUUCAUGGAAAGGCAUUUACGAAUUUCUCACAGCAGACAGCAAGAAGAUUUUUGAGCAAAUUUAUGGCAGUGUCAAAGGAAUGGAUGGAAUUGCAAAGACAUGGCUCGGUCCGGUUCUAUUUGUGAUUGCCAAUGACCCGGAAGAUGUGAAAAUCAUUUGGAACUCAAAGGAAUGUUAUGACAAGCCAUACUUUGUCAAAUUUCCUGGAAUUUAUGAAGGUUCACUUUUUGGAAGCAUUCAUGCAUGGCAGACGCAUCGAAAGAUUUUAGAUCCAUAUUUUGGCAAUCAAAAGCUCAAAAACUUCCUCCCGAUUUUUGAUGAGAAGUCAAAAGUUUUAACGAGAAAAGUUGGUGAGAUGCUUGGCAAGGGAGAAUUUGAUGUUUUUCAUUACAUGACGGCAUUAACAUUAGAGACAAUUUUGAAUGCGAUGGAACUGAAUGUGGACAUACAAAAUUUAGAAGUAAAGGUUCGAGAUCUUACGAUUAAGGGUUUGGAGAGAGCUAGCAAAGUCGUCACAAAAAGAAUUGUCAGCUUCUGGCUGCAUCCCGACUUCAUCUACAAACGCACAAAAUAUUUUGUAGCUGAAAUGAAAGCAAAGUCACAUUCAGCAUUCACAUAUGUCGAUGAUGUUAUUGAGAAUAUCCGGCAAAAUAUUGACUCUGGUGAGGAAGUAAAUAUUAAGCCAACAAGCUUCAUGCGUGCUUUAUUAGAUUCAAAGCAUGAUUUACCUCGAGAAGAAAUUGUUGAUGAGAUUAGAACGCUUUUGAUUGCUGUGAAUACAUCAGCAUUGGCUAUGUCAUCAUCACUCCUCCUUCUAGCAAUGCACAAAGAUGCACAAAACAAAAUCAUUGCUGAACUCCAUGAUGUUCUUGGAAAAUCUCCAAAUGCUCCAUUCAUUGACUUUGAGAAGCUCAGUCAGCUUCAAUACACAGAAAUGGUCAUCAAUGAAACGAUGAGGCUGAUGCCUGUUGUUCCAUUUGUUGCUAGACGAGUAGAAAAUGAAGUUGCAGUAACCAAAGGCUACAUAAUUCCAGCAGAUGCAAACGUUUUCGUUCCUAUAUAUGGAAUUCACAGGAAUAAAAGUAUUUGGGGUGAAGAUGCCGAUCAAUUCCGACCAGAAAGAUUCGAAAAAGAAAAUUUCCAGAAAAUUCAUCCAUAUGCAUUCAUUCCAUUCACAAAAGGACCAAGAAUGUGCCUUGGAUAUCGAUAUGCAAUGGCAUUAAUGAAAGUUCAACUUGCAAACUUUUUGAUGCAAUAUGAAGUUGACACAAGCUUGAAGUACGAGGAAUUGGAAUUUGAAUUGAAUAUUACAUUGAAUGUUUGUCAAGGAUUAAGGAUUAGCAUAAAAGAGAGGAAAUGAAAUGUGAUUGAAUGGAAAUAAGGAUUUCUAAGGCAUGAAUGAAUUUUGAUUUAUGAUUUUUUUACUAAAGGCAUUUAAAUUAAUUUUAGGGUGUUGUA